CGCGGACAUGCGCGCUGUAAUUCGGACAUGAGCUGCAGGUCAGGUCAGUAACAACAGGGACAGUCUUUUAGGUGUGAUUUGUACAGGCGGCGAUUAACGGAAAAGGAUUCGGCGACGAAUAUUGUUUGAGUAAGGUAUCAAACAUGUCUGAUGGAGAGGGAUUUGUGGUUCGCAUACGGGGCCUGCCCUGGUCGUGUUCCGUGGACGAAAUUCAGAGAUUUUUCUCUGAUUGUAAAGUCGCUGACAGCGGCACAAACAUCCACUUCACUUACACACGCGAGGGCCGCCCGAGUGGAGAGGCAUUUGUGGAGAUGGAGUCUGAAGAGGAUCUGAAGAUUGCCCUCAAGAAGGACAGGGAAACAAUGGGUCACAGAUAUGUAGAAGUCUUCAAAUCCAACAGUGUUGAGAUGGACUGGGUCUUGAAGCACACUGGUCCAAACUCUCCAGAGACAACAGGCGAUGGCCUGGUGCGACUGCGAGGGCUGCCCUUCGGAUGCAGCAAGGAGGAGAUCGUCCAGUUUUUCUCAGGGUUGGAAAUCGUGCCAAAUGGGAUAACAUUGCCGGUGGACUUCCAGGGGAGGAGUACGGGGGAGGCCUUCGUGCAGUUUGCUUCACAGGAUAUAGCUGAAAAGGCUCUAAAGAAACACAAGGAAAGGAUAGGGCACAGGUACAUCGAGAUUUUCAAGAGCAGCCGCGCCGAGGUGCGGACGCACUACGAGCCCGCCAGGAAGGGCCUAGGCGUGCAGCGGCCUGGGCCCUAUGAUCGGCCCGGCGCCGGUCGCGGCUACAGCUCCGCGGGCCGUGGUGCCUCUUUUGACAGAAUGCGUCGCGGGACCUACGGCGGAGGCUGUGAUAGUUAUGAUGACUUCAGUGAAGGCUAUGAGUGCCAGCGUUUUGGACGAGUCGCUGAAAGUGUGUCAGAUGGUCGCUAUGGCGACGGGGGCUCUAACUUCCAGAGCACGACAGGUCACUGUGUACACAUGAGAGGCCUUCCUUACAGAGCGUCAGAGACCGACAUCUACAACUUCUUCUCCCCGCUCAACCCUGCCCGCGUACACAUCGAAGUCGGCCCAGACGGACGAGUGACGGGAGAAGCGGAUGUGGAGUUCGCCACGCACGAGGACGCCGUGGCUGCCAUGUCCAAGGACAAGGCCCACAUGCAGCACCGCUACGUCGAGCUGUUCCUUAACUCCACUGCAGGGGGCAGCAGCGGAGGCUAUGGGAGCCAGAUGAUGGGAGCCAUGAGUAACCAAUCAUCGUACGGCCCCAGCAGCCAGAUGAGCUCGGGCUACAGCGGGGGCUACAGCAGCCAGAGCAGCUUGGGCGGGUACAGUGACUACAUCAGGUAAUCAGGGCGGAUUGAGCAGCAGUUACUAUGGAGGUGGUGGAGGAAGUCGGGGCUCCAUGAACGGCCUGGGCGGAAUGAGCAUGGGCGGCUGGGGCAUGUAGGCCGCCGCGGGCAGCUCUCACGUAUUUUAUUCUCAUUUUGUGGUCAGGGCUGGAAAUACCGUUACUUAAGAUUGCUCAUCUCUUAUUUAGCUAAUAUUCAGGGCAGUGUAAAGUGUGGUUGUGAAGGGGGUUAAUCGACUGGGAGGAGUAAUAGUCUAUGUGGGUUUCCUUUCUUUUUUUUAUUGUAUGCAUGCCCUGCUCAUAGGCCAUCUGUAGCUUUGUAUGAGUGACGGGGUGUACGGGGAAAUCCUCUUGCCCUCACCUCUACCAGAGUGACUUGCUCUGGGUGUCGAGCAGCACAUUGUAAAUAUGCUUACAAUGGAUUUUUGUUUACCUUGCAAAUUUGUUUCCCACUUAAGGUUGGAGUGUUGGUGUGUGCUUUUUAUAGUGUUUAUUUGUUUUGUUUUUUAUUGAGGGGUUACCUGAAUAUGCAGUCAAUGGAUGUUUCUGUUCACUGCAUUGCCUCUUUCCUCUGUGGUUCUUGUAUUGCAGAGAGAAAUAAAUUUGUUACGUGGGAA